GGCAGUCGGUGCGAAUGCAUCUCAAUCAAGACUAAAUUGUUAAAGUAUUUUUACGCAUUAAUUAUAGCGUCAGUUUAUAGAAUAAUGGAGAAACAUUGAAUGCAAUAAAAAUAUAACCGACUGAAGCGGUUUAUGAAGUAAACUACAUCGCCUUUAUUAUGGCGCUAUCCAUCGUCUCCUCGUUUGACGUUUGUCGCAUUUCGUGUUUGGAGCGAUCAGUCGACAGUCAACCUAGCGAUGUAAACUUCAACAAAAUCCAAGAUGGCUAAACAGUUGUGCAAAUUGUAAGUGUAAUGUCGUGAAAAGUCUGUUUAAAGUGAUCAGUGAGUGUUAUCUUAACAAUGGCUGAAAUAAAUAUUGAUGUGUUUAAAUUGCCAGAGGAUGUGCGGGAUAAAUUAGCCGAAUUGGAUUUGGAAUUAUCAGAAGGUGAUAUCACACAAAAAGGAUAUGAAAAGAAACGGUCGCGCCUGUUGGCGCCAUACGCUGCAAAGCAAUCAUCAGUGGCGUCAGUCGGCGGAGGGGCACAACAGCAACCGACGACACGAGGUGGGGCACCGUUACUGGGCACACGCGUUCUGCCCCAGGAUGCCAGUCAGGUGCCUUUGAGACAGAGGGGAAAUAGGAGACUUACCAGGAAUGAAAGCCGGUAUCAUUCAGAGGUUCGACAAGAAGCAGUCCAGCAGGCAUUAGCAGCAAUGCAAGGCAGGCCGAAGCCUUCUCUCCCGAUGCCUUCUAAGAGGACAUCUGUUAUGCAGAGAAGUCCUGACAGGGAUAGGCAUGAUAGUGAAUCUUCAUCAGACGAUGAUAGUCUAGCGAACGAUAACGAGUGCGGAACAGAAGACAACGAUGGUGAUACAUUGUCUUCGCCAGAAAGAGGGCGACCGCCUGCACUGCCUCCGCCUCCCUCUCAUAGUGACACGUCCAGUGCGGGCAGUCCGCCGCCGCCACUGCAUUCGCACCAUCAUCACAAUAAUAGAGAACGAAGGCCAAUACCAAUUCCUGUGCAACACCAACAUCAACAUCAUAAGCCACGUCCACCAGCUGCAACGCCUCCUCGCGAAAUUACUGAAAUUACUGAUGUUAUACAAACAAAUAGACCUUAUACGCAACCUCCUGAUGUAACGCACACGACACAGACCAGGCGAGCUGGUGCCGACAGAGUGAAUCGGUACCAGAACACAGGAGGCACUGAUGACAUGGGCACUGGCACUGGAAGAUGGAAAGUUUCGGCAAAAAUACAGCAGCUACUGAAUACAUUAAAACGUCCAAAACGCAGACCACUACCAGAAUUUUAUGAAGAUGAUGAUAUCGAAUUAGAAAUUGCAGCAAACCCUAAAGACCCUAAUGCCCCUAGGCCAGAAGGUGGUGCAAUGACUUCAGCAGUCGGCGAGCAACUUGUGGUACCAUCAGGGUUACCUCGAAAUUUGGAGGCAGCUAUUCAACGAUAUGGAUCAGGAUCUUAUAAAGCUCCUGUUGCCACGGUUUUAGAUCCUAAUGGAAAACUUACAACAACUUUAACAUAUGGGAAAUUGUUAAGUCGAUCGCAAAAAAUUGCUUACACCCUACUGAACAAAUCGUUCGCGAAAAGUAAUGAUCUCUCCUUAAAAUCGGGCGAUCGGGUCGCUCUAGUCUACCCAAAUAGCGAUCCGAUAAAUUUUGUUUGCGCCUUCUACGGAUGCCUGCAGGCAGGUCUGGUGCCGGUACCCAUCGAGGUUCCACUCACGAGAAGAGAUGCUGGUUCACAACAAAUCGGAUUCCUACUCGGUUCCUGUGGGGUUCAAGUUGCACUCACGUCGGAAGCUUGUUUGAAAGGUAUUCCUAAGACAGCUACCGGGGAAGUUGUGGCUUUCAAAGGUUGGCCGAAAUUACAUUGGUUUGUAACGGAACAUCAACCAAAGUGUCCUAAAGAUUGGUCACCUCCUGCGAGAGUGACGGAGGACACAUCUGCUUAUAUAGAGUACUCAACCGAUAAAGACGGUUCUGUUAUGGGAGUGACUAUUACAAGACAAGCGAUGAUGACACAUUGUAGGACUCUUACAAUGUCUUGUCAUUACACUGAAGGAGAGAAUAUGGUUUGUGUUUUGGACUUCAAACGAGAAGUAGGACUCUGGCACAGCGUCCUAUGUUCCGUUUUGAACGGAAUGCAUGUUAUUUUUAUACCAUACUCUUUGAUGAAAGUCAAUCCAGCAUCCUGGAUGCAGAUGAUCACUAAAUACAGAGCGAGUGUGGCCGUUGUAAAAUCACGAGAUUUACAUUGGGGUUUGUUGGCUACAAAGGAUCACAAAGAAUUAUCGCUAAGUUCUUUGAGGCUGUUACUAGUCGCUGAUGGUGCCAAUCCAUGGUCUUUGUCUUCGUGUGAUCAAUUCUUGUCGGUCUUCCAAACCAAAGGUCUUAGACCAGAUGCGAUUUGUCCGUGCGCUUCAUCACCAGAAUGUCUAACAGUUUCCGUUCGAAGACCAGGAAGAUCAGGCGUAAAUGCCACUGGCAGAGGUGUUUUGUCAAUGUCUGGUCUGAGUUAUGGCGUUGUUAGAGUCGAUCAAGAAAAUUCAUUGACUUCCUUAACGCUGCAAGAUUGUGGGCAAGUUAUGCCAGGAUGUGUGAUUGUCGUAGUUAAAACAGAUGGGCCAUCUUACCUAUGCAAGACUGAUGAAGUUGGUGAGAUUUGCGUAAAUUCCGGAGCAACUGGUAGUCAAUAUUGGGGUCUGCAGGGUUUGACUAACAGUACAUUCAAGGUCCAACCUUUGAACGCAGACGGUCAACCCGUUUCCGAUGAUUUGUAUACCAGAAGUGGUCUGCUUGGAUUUUUGGGACCUGGUGGUCUUGUCUUUGUCUGUGGUUCUCGAGAUGGUUUAAUGACUGUCACAGGUAGAAAGCAUAAUGCUGACGAUAUUAUAGCUACUGUUUUAGCAGUUGAACCUAUGAAAUUUAUAUAUCGUGGCAGAAUUGCUGUAUUCAGCAUACGAGUGCUUCGUGAUGAAAGGAUAUGUGUUAUAGCCGAACAAAGACCUGAUUGCUCAGAAGAAGAGUCUUUCCAAUGGAUGUCCAGAGUUCUACAAGCCGUUGACAGCAUUCACCAAGUUGGCAUUUACUGCUUAGCUCUCGUUCCUCCAAAUCAUUUGCCAAAAACGCCUUUGGGCGGAAUUCAUUUAUCAGAAUGCAAACGAAAGUUCUUGGAAGGUUCUUUGCAUCCAGCAAAUGUUCUUCUCUGUCCGCACACCUGUGUCACCAAUUUACCCAAACCGAGGGAGAUUCACUCAGCCGACUCUGUUGCAGAUGUGGGACCCGCGAGCGUCAUCGUUGGCAACCUGGUGCAGGGCAACCGGCUGGCAAGUGCGCAGGGCAGAGACAUGGGCGUCACUGAUGAUAACGACGCCACAAGGAAACAUCAAUUCAUAUCUGAGACUCUCAGAUGGCGUGCUAUCAGUCAACCUGAUCAUGUGAUCUUCACUCUUUUAAAUUCAAAGGGAACAGUAUCUAAAGUAUUAUCUUGUUCGGAACUGCACAAACGUGCUGAACGCAUUGCGAAUCUAUUACUGGAGAAAGGGCGCAUAAAUACCGGUGAUCAUGUUGCUCUGAUUUUCCCGCCUGGAUUAGAUUUGAUUUGUGCGUUCUACGGAUGUCUGUACGUUGGCGUUGUUCCUGUAACGAUACGGCCACCGCAUCCUCAGAAUUUACAAACAACUCUUCCAACUGUUAGAAUGAUCGUAGAUGUAAGCAAAUCAGUGCUCGUGCUCUCCAAUCAAAAUGUGCUAAAACUUAUCAAGUCAAAAGAGGCUAGCAAUGUUAUAGAUAUUAAAUCCUGGCCCACGACUCUGGACACGGAUGACAUGCCUAGAAAAAAGCAACCUAUUACAUACAGAGCACCAACUGCUGAAAUGCUAGCAUACUUAGAUUUCAGUGUUUCUACGACUGGAAUGCUGGCUGGUAUAAAAAUGUCCCAUGCGGCUGUCACAUCAUUGUGUCGUAGUAUGAAAUUAGCUUGUGAAUUGUAUCCUAGUCGGCAUAUUGCUCUAUGCUUGGAUCCGUAUUGCGGACUGGGCUUUGCUCUUUGGUGCCUAAGCAGUAUUUAUUCAGGACACCAUUCGAUACUGAUUCCUCCUUCUGAAGUUGAAGUCAAUCCAGCUUUAUGGUUGAGCGCUGUUUCACAAUAUCGUGUACGUGACACUUUUUGUUCGUACGGCGUCAUGGAACUGUGCACUAAAGGUCUUGGAGGAUCAGUGAAUCAAUUGAAGACUAGAGGCGUGAAUUUAGCUUGCGUGAGAACUUGCGUAGUUGUAGCAGAAGAGAGACCUAGAAUUAAUCUCACCAGUUCAUUUUCGAAACUUUUCUCAGCUUUAGGUCUGAGUCCGCGCGCAGUUUCGACAUCUUUCGGUUGUCGUGUCAACAUAGCAAUAUGUUUACAAGGAGCAUCGAGUCCUGAACCUUCUACUGUUUAUGUGGAUUUGCGAGCACUUCGUAACGACCGUGUAUCUUUAGUAGAACGUGGAAGUCCUCAUUCAUUAUGCGUGAUGGAAUCCGGAAAAUUAUUACCAGGAGUUAAAGUGAUCAUUGCUAAUCCUGAAACUAAAGGACAAUGUGGAGAUUCUCAUUUAGGCGAAAUAUGGGUCCAAUGCAGCCACAAUGCCAGUGGAUACUUCACUAUUUACGGAGAUGAGACUGAUUAUGCUGAUCAUUUCUGUGCCAGACUCGUAACCGGAUCUACUGGAGAAGUUUACGCACGAACGGGAUAUUUAGGAUUCCUGAGACGAACAGAGAAUGUGCAGCAGCAACAGGUUUUAGAUGAAACAAACAUAAGCAGUUUAAGUCUGAAUAGUGGACGGGGUGACAGCGACUCUGAUUCGUUGGCAUCUCAAGGUUUAUUGCCAGGCCAACAAAUAAGCUGCGCUGGUGAUUCGUCUGAGCUGCACGAUGCGGUAUUUGUAGUAGGAGCUUUAGAUGAGACAGUCAUGCUGAGAGGUAUGAGGUAUCAUCCAAUCGACAUAGAAAACUCAGUUAUGAGAUGUCACAAGAAAAUAGCUGAAUGCGCUGUUUUUACGUGGACAAACUUGCUGGUAGUAGUUGUUGAAUUAGAUGGUAACGAAAACGAAGCAUUAGACCUAGUACCUCUUGUUACAAAUGCUGUUUUGGAGGAACAUCAUCUAAUCGUAGGAGUUGUGGUAGUAAUCGAUCCUGGUGUGGUACCUAUCAAUUCUAGAGGUGAGAAGCAACGCAUGCAUUUAAGAGAUGGUUUUUUGGCCGAUCAACUCGACCCAAUAUAUGUAGCAUAUAAUAUGUAAAAUAAUGUGAAAGAUAAACUAGCAUUGUGAUAAAAUUGAGGAAUACUUAUUUCGAAAUGUGCUGAAAUCAAAUAUAAUCAAAAGUGGAUAAUGGCAGGAGUAGAGUGAUGAAGUUGAAAUUAAUGUAAAAGUAAA